UAAAGGGGAGGGACUAUGAGGUAACAUUCCAGAAGGGUAGAGAAGAGAGGACUAUUCCCUCACAAACAGGAGCUUUGGAGCAGCCAUGUCCUACUUCGUGUCUCCACAGACUCAUCCAGGUCUUCUGCCUUCUGGUCAAGGUGGGGCUGCUUCUCCAGGCUCAUCCCUUGGCCUCUAUAGUCCUGUAGAGCCAGUGGUGGUGGCCUCUGGUGGACUAGGCCAGAAAGCUGAGCAGGUGGCACCUGUUGCCCAGGCCUGGGGCCCAGCCCUGGCAAUGCCAGAAGCCAGGGGCUGCCCUGGGGGGGCUAGCUGGGAGACACUGCGGAGAAAGGAGUACAGCCGAUACUGCCACAAAUUCCCCCACGUGAGGCAGCCAGAGAGCUUGGGCUGGGAGGAUGGCUGCUCCAGAAACAGAGCUCCCUACCUGGGUGGCCCCAGCAGGCCUGGGCCCCUGCUGCUGUGUGGGCUGUCACCGGGAGUUCUGCCAACGCCCCCUGAAGCAGGAGGGAAGGAGGCUGGCUCCCAGCCCGACAUCUGCAUCCUUACCCUGGCUAUGAUGAUCGCUGGCAUCCCCACCGUGCCUGUCCCAGGCCUGCGGGAAGAGGACCUGAUCCGGGCUGCUCAAGCUUUCAUGACGGCCCAUCCGGAGCCAGAGGGAGCUGUGGAGGGUGCCCGGUGGGAGCAGGCACACCCCCACACAGCCUCUGGGCAGAUGCCCCUAGUGAGAUCCAGGAGGGGCCAGCCUCCUGGCUCCUGCUUGUAGCUGGAUGAAAUAGC